AUGGCGUCGUCAAUGGGAGAAAUAUUUACCGGCUACGAGACCCGGCUAGCCACACUGAAGGCAAGCAACAACCCGUUUUCCAACGGAGUCGCCUGGGUAGAAGGCCAGCUCACCCCACUAUCAGAAGCUCGGAUCCCAUUACUCGACCAGGGGUUUCUGCGGAGCGAUUUAACCUACGACGUGCCAGCGGUAUGGGAUGGACGCUUCUUCCGCCUCGACGACCACCUCACCCGUCUCGAGGAAAGCUGCCAUAAAAUGCGAAUGCGACUUCCUCUGCCGCGCGAGACAAUCAAGCAAAUACUAAUUAACAUGGUUUCUCAAAGCGGUAUUCGCGACGCCUUUGUCGAACUGAUCGUGACCCGAGGCUUUAGAUUUGUCCGUGGGGCCAAACCCGAGGAGCUCCUCAAUAACAACAUCUACAUGUUCAUCCAACCUUAUGUCUGGGUUAUGGAUCCAGCCCUCCAACAGACGGGAGGUAAGGCUAUUGUUGCGAGGACCGUUCGACGGAUCCCACCCGGGUCUAUCGACCCUACCAUCAAGAACCUGCAAUGGGGCGACCUGAUCCGGGCCCUGUUUGAAGCUUCGGAUCGUCAUGCGACAUAUCCCUUCCUAACAGAUGGAGAUACCUACCUUACUGAGGGCGCUGGUUUCAAUAUUUUUAUUGUCAAGGAUGGGGUACUUUAUACUCCGGACCGUGGUGCACUACUAGGAAUUACCCGUAAGAGUGUGAUUGAGGUUGCUUCUGCCCGUGGGGUCGAGGUCCGAAUCGAGCCUGUUCCCGUGGAAAUGGCAUACCAUGCGGAUGAAAUCUUCAUGUCGACUACGGCUGGAGGAGUUAUGCCUAUUACUACACUUGAUGAGGGUCCUGUCGGUGAUGGAAACGUGGGUCCUAUUACUAAGGCUGUUUGGGAUGGAUACUGGGCGAUGCACUAUAAUCCGUUGUACACUGUGGAAAUUGACUAUGGGCAAGAGAAUGGUUUCGAAAGAUGUGAAAGAUCAGUUUUGUGAUUGGUGUCUACUACUUUACCUUGUUGUUGCCGCUUAGUUGGCAUAUUCUCUUCUGUUUUAUUAGCCCAGAAGGCUAGAAAGAGUUCGUCCUAAUACUAGAUGGCC